CUAGAGUAUUUCAUAUACAUUCAUUUAAAAAAGAAACACUGGUUUCAUAAAACAAAUAUACAUUAUAUGAAAUUCCACUUCAUAAAAGCAUGUGUGUGUACCCCAAUACUAAAUUUGCCCUUUUAACAAAAUAUCAGACUUUGCCCUACUUAACUGGAAAUAUUAUCUAUAUUUUAUAAAGAAGAGAAAUAUAUUAACAUAAUCGUAAGGCUGUGAUUUCCUCUUUUUUGCAAAAACUAUCUUUGAAAAGUAUUACUGACUUGAUAACAUAUAUAUGGAGAGAUUUAAAAUACUAGAUAAGGGAACUUAUUCCAAUGAAUUUACAGAAAGGUAGGUAUUUUAGUCCACUAAAAAUAUAGAUAAAAAUUAUCAAUUCACUUAUAUGGAUACAGCAGUCAUGCCAGAGUUUAUAAAUAUAGUGAAAUCACUGAAGAUUUUUUUUGCCCCCAAAACUGAAAAAAAUGACUGUGUGCCUUGUGAAUUUUUUAAAUGAAAAAAGAAUACAAAAUGAUGAAGACCCUUAUGUGAUGAUGACAAACUAGAAAAUUGAAAUGUAAAGGGGGAAAUGUGAGUAUUUGGUUCCUUCCAGCAAAUUAAAGACAGGGUACAUAGAUUCAAGAGGUUGCGCUUUGAGGAUAAAUAGCUGGGCACUGUGCAGUUUUCCAAGACAGCCUCUGGGCGCCGCUGUCGACCAAAAGGAAGUGAAGGCGUCUCAAUUCUGCAGGAGCGUCAGGCAGGGUGCCUUCCUGCCUUGUCCGGUGCACUGAGGACGGACGCUGCUCCUGUUCACCCUCGAGCGCCUAACUGAUAAGUCUUACGCUCAAAUUACAGAAGUCCAGGGUGCUGUCAUUGCUUUUUAAAAAAACAUCCCAGAGAAGAGAAGCUCCGCGGAGAGUUCCUGAAAUGCAGAGAGUCAGAGAAGCCGAAACGAUGAAAAGUCAGGUACUGUUUCCCUUUCUGCUGUCUUUGUUCUGCGGGGCCAUCUCCCAGCAGAUCCGAUACACGAUUCCAGAGGAGCUAGCCAACGGCUCACGGGUGGGGAACCUUGCUAAGGAUCUGGGGCUCAGUGUCCAGGAGUUGCCAACUCGAAAACUGCGGGUUAGUGCAGAGGAUUAUUUCAACGUUAGUUUGGAGAGCGGGGAUUUGUUAGUGAACGGUAGGAUAGAUCGAGAGAAGAUUUGCGGAAGGAAACUUGAGUGUGCACUAGAAUUCGAAACGGUCUCUGAAAACCCAAUGAAUGUUUUCCACGUGGUUGUUGUAAUCCAAGAUAUUAAUGACAAUGCACCACGUUUCGUUGCAAAAGGCAUUAACUUAGAAAUUUGUGAGUCAGCCUUACCCGGGGUAAAAUUCUCUCUGGAUUCUGCACAAGAUGCAGAUGUGGACGGCAAUUCACUGAAGAUAUACACCAUCAACCCCAAUCAAUACUUCUCUCUGUCAACGAAGGAAAGUCCUGAUGGAAGUAAAUAUCCGGAAUUACUGCUGGAAAAACCUCUAGACAGGGAACAUCAGAGCUCUCAUCGCUUAAUCCUGACUGCCAUGGAUGGCGGGGACCCGCCUCUAAGCGGCACCACCCACAUCUGGAUCCGAGUCACCGAUGCCAAUGAUAAUGCUCCCAUGUUUAGCCAGGAUGUAUACAGGGUUAGCCUCCAAGAAAACGUGCCGUGGGGAACCUCCGUGCUGCGGGUGAUGGCCACAGACCAGGAUGAGGGCAUUAAUGCAGAGAUCACCUAUGCCUUCCUCAAUUCCCCAAUAAGUACCAGCCUCUUCAAUCUCAAUCCAAAUACCGGCGACAUCACAACCAAUGGCACAUUGGACUUUGAAGAAACAAGUAGAUAUGUGUUGGGUGUAGAAGCCAAGGAUGGAGGAGUACACACAGCUCACUGUAAUGUUCAAAUAGAAAUCGUUGAUGAGAAUGACAAUGCCCCUGAGGUGACAUUCAUGUCCUUCUCUAACCAGAUUCCAGAGGAUUCAGACCUUGGAACUGUAAUAGCCCUCAUAAAAGUGCGAGACAAGGAUUCUGGGCAAAAUGGCAUGGUGACAUGCUAUAUUCAGGAAGAAGUUCCUUUCAAAUUAGAAUCCACCUCGAAGAAUUUUUACAAGAUGGUGAUUAGUGGAGCCCUAAACCGGGAGCAGACAGCAGACUACAACGUCACAAUUAUAGCCACCGACAAGGGCAAACCAUCCCUUUCCUCCAGGACAAGCAUCACCCUGCACAUCUCCGACAUCAACGACAAUGCACCUGUUUUCCAUCAGGCCUCCUACGUGGUCCAUGUGGCUGAGAACAACCCACCUGGAGCCUCUAUUGCACAAGUGAGCGCCUCCGACCCGGAUUUGGGACCCAACGGCAGCGUCUCCUACUCUAUUCUGGCCAGUGACCUGGAGCCGCAGGAGCUGUUGUCCUACGUGUCCGUGAGCGCGCAGAGCGGGGUGGUGUUCGCGCAGCGCGCCUUCGACCACGAGCAGUUGCGCGCCUUCGAGCUCACACUGCAGGCCUGCGACCAGGGCUCCCCCGCGCUCAGCGCCAACGUGAGCCUGCGAGUGUUGGUGGGCGACCUCAAUGACAAUGCGCCGCGGGUGCUGUACCCCGCGCUGGGGUCUGAUGGCUCUGCACUUUUCGAUAUGGUGCCACGCGCCGCAGAGCCUGGCUACCUGGUGACCAAAGUGGUGGCGGUGGACGCAGACUCGGGACACAACGCUUGGCUGUCCUACCACGUGCUGCAGGCCAGCGAGCCCGGGCUCUUCAGCCUGGGGCUGCGCACGGGUGAGGUGCGCACAGCGCGUGCCUUGGGCGAGAGGGACGCGGCCCGCCAGCGCCUGCUGGUCGCUGUGCGUGAUGGAGGACAGCCGCCACUCUCCGCCACCGCCACGCUGCACCUAAUCUUCGCGGAUAGCCUGCAAGAGGUAUUGCCAGACCUUAGCGGCAGCCCUGAGCCCUCUGACCCCCAGACGGAACUGCAGUUUUACCUGGUGGUGGCCUUGGCCUUGAUCUCAGUGCUCUUUCUCCUCGCGGUAAUUCUGGCGAUCGCCCUGCGCCUGCGACGUUCCUCCAGCCUCAACACUGAGGGCUAUUUUCAAACGGGUCUCUGCUCCAAGUCUGGGCCAGAGGUUCCUCCCAACCACAGCGAGGGGACUUUGCCCUAUUCCUACAAUCUAUGUGUUGCCUCUCAUUCUGCAAAGACAGAGUUCAAUUUUCUCAACCUGACACCUGAAAUGACUCCUCCUCAGGAUCUGCUGUGUGAUGAUCCUUCUAUGAUUGUAUGUGCCAGUAAUGAAGAUCACAAAGUCGCUUAUGACCCUUCUUUGUCUUCGCACGGGUAAGGCUAACUCUUGAACAGUAGGUGGGUUUUUUGCAAAUGAAUUGAAGCAUUGCCCCAGGUUCUAGAGGGUCAACUCAAG